AUGGAGAAAAUUUGGGACGAUUGUGUUCAGCCACAAAGGAGGGGUAUGGCAAGAGGAGGAUGGGAUCAGGGAGGAGGAGUAGAGAGAGGAGGAGACAGAGGAAAAGAAGAAGGAGGAGAAGAAGGAGUAGGAGAAGGAGGAGGUGGAGGAGGAGGAGACAGAGGAGAAGAAGAAGGAGGAGGAGAAGGAGUAGGAGGAAGAGGAGGUGGAGGAGGAGGAAGAGGAGGUGAAGGAGGAGGAGGAGACAGAGGAGAAGAAGGAGGGAGAAGAGGUAGACGGGUCAAUGCUUGA